AUGAGUGGUGGUACUACGCGUGAAAUCGUUUCAGCUUUAGUAGCUGAGAACUCUAGACAAGGCAAUGUCUUAAUCUCACUGGAUAUUGAAGACGACAAGCUAUUUCUCUUACACUUCAUCAUAGGAACUUACUUCGGACCUGAUUUAAGAAACCAUCAUCAUCCAAAGAAGCAAUCGGCAUUCCAGUUACAAGCGGCGAGUAGUCCUAUUACAUCAGAUGACCUAAGCGGCUCAAUCAUGAAGCGAGCUGAGCUAGAACGCGUGUAUCACUACAUUAUCAGAAAUGCAGAUCCAUCUCUAAUCGUAAAGACAGGAAUUUUACGUCAAUAUUUCAACGCGAAACGCAAUGACUCUAACAGGGGUUUCCCACUCUUCCGAGAUCUCUAUCCGCUAGCACUGCAUCCUGAAACCCGUUUAAGGAAUCAGUAUAAGCUUAUCCAGAGCAUUUUGUUCAUCAGUGACCCCGAUACCUCUUGCAUGAGGCAAAACUGUAUUAAACGGUUUAGACGGCUUACGGGAAUGCAGAGCUUUACUUUGAGCCUUAGCAUUGAUUUAACUGAAACUAAUAGCAUUGUUGUAGCCAAUGAGGUUGAGCAUGGGAUUGUUGAGAACAUGGAACCAUCCAAAGAAGACACUUGUUUGGAAUUUCCUGUUACGUUUGCUGGUAACGAUAAGGCCGGUACUCGCACUAGUAGUGAAGAAAGCGAUGUUGCUGCAAAACCGGGGUUUGGUGUAAAUGGACCUAUUGCUGGAACUCAAGCUGGACCAGUAGUGGGACUCAUGGACAUCGGUGAAUGCACUGAUGCUUAUCUCUUCCGUGUAUCGCUUCCCGGUGUGAAAAGAGAUGAAAGAGAUUUUAGCUGUGAAGUAGAAGACAAUGGGAAAGUACUAGUCAGAGGAGUCACUACAACAGGCGAGAAGCGAGUUCAUCGUUAUUCUCAGGUGUUUGAUAUGCAGACGCAGAAUCUCUGCCCGGCCGGUCACUUUUCUGUCUCGUUCCACCUCCCGGGUCCUGUCCAUCCACAGGAGUUUUCUGGCAGCUUUGGAACUGAUGGGAUUCUUGAAGGAAUCGUUAUGAAAAAGUUGCAGAAACAAACCGUGUAA